AUGAGCACAGCAGAGGAGAGAGCAGGCAGAUCUGUUGGAGCGGCUUGCCCGUGCCAGUUUGCCAAAAUCUAAAUAGCCCUUUGAAAAAAAGGCUGAUUUUUUGCUGAUGACAUCAUUCCUGCCACUGUCAAAGUGACUUGCCUGAAGAAGCAAAAAACCUUUCCAAAACUGACACUGCACACAUCUAAAACACAUACAAGGACUACUAUAAGGUCACUGGAAACGUCUGUAUAAAGUCAGGAAAGCCACAGCUGAUGUCUGUGUGUGUUUGUGUUCCUGUUCCUUGGCAGACUGACUGAAGCACACAGAACUGCUGUGAAAAUCAUCAGGAGAAUGCAGUAUUUUGUGGCCAGAAGGAAAUUCCAGCAAGCUCGGAAGCCGUACGACGUCCGUGACGUGAUUGAGCAGUACUCCCAAGGACACCUCAACAUGAUGGUUCGCAUAAAGGAACUUCAAAGGAGGCUGGAUCAAUCCUUGGGAAAGCCAGGUCUUUUCCUCCCAGAAAAAGGGGUAGACAAAGGAUACUACAGUAUAGGAGCCAGACUGAUCCGGCUGGAGGAUAAGGUCAUGCAGAUGGACCAGAAGCUGGACGACAUCCUGAGCACACUCCAGGCUCAGCUGGGGUAUCAGCUCCAGGCACAGAUACCAGAGCCAGCCAUCCCACCUGUCAGACAUCCACUGACAUCCACAGAGUCCCCCCAGUGACCCAGAAAAUGUGAAAGCCAGUGGACAGCCACACGUGACCCUCUCACUCUUCCACGUCCGAGUAUUUCUCAGUCUUGGUGUCUUCAUCUGUGUCAUGGGUGAAAUGAAAUAUUCUGCACUAGUAGAUUAAUGAGGAAAAAAAUAGAAAAAAAAAAAAAAAAGAGAAGAAACAGCAAGAAGCCAGUCAUGACCUUAGAAGAGCACAUAAGUUCUGCACCUGUUUUAUUUUAGCCAUCUUUAGCUUAACUCUGCCAGCCUGCAGCAGCCCAGUUCCCAUCCCCCCAGCCCCAUUCGGGCCGAGCGCACAGGCACAGGACACGCUGUCAAAGGAAGCAUCCCAGCCAGGUUAGGAUGACCCAUUUGUGGGCACAGAACGGAAAAAGAACUGUUCUUUUGGCAUUUAAUCACUAAGUUUAAUGCUCACAGCAUGCCCGAAAGGGGGAAAGGAGCCAGCAUUUGAACAUGAAACAAAUGGAAAUCAGUGAACAGGAAAAUUAAACAGCAUGUUUUGACUUCUACCAAGCAGUGAGGAUCAUAAGAAGGGCAGAUUUAUAUGCUAGUGCAAAUGACAAAGUAAAGACAACAGACUACUGAUUAAAAAUAUGGAAGUGUACACAGGCUGGUUGACAUAUGAAAGGCUGAAGCAGAGACUUUAGCUAAUUAAAGCAAAGGGCUGCCAGUGAGAUGAGAUGCAUGUUGGAACAGACAGGCAGGAGAGAUAAGAUCUGCGUAGGCUUACUUCACCAGAACACUGGAAUAGUUAUCAGCUAGGCUGAUGACUGUUAUGCAAAAUGUAGUUGUUGACUCCAGUUGGCUUAAUUUUAACAUAAGGAACCUGUAUGGAAAUUGGCUAUGAACUAUCUGUAAAACUGGCUGAAAGCCACCGAGUAGCAGGGUGCUGCAGGAGGGCUGCAGCUGUGAUUGAGAGUGACAGGGUUCCUUAAAGAAAUGCACACACUGUUGAUGAAAGUUAAUCGCUGUUUAAAUAAACUGCUGUAUAUAGUUUUAAA